CUCCCGCCACGCCUUCUGCUCGCCGCCGACCGGAAGUCCCUGUUCUGAAUGGGUCUGGAGCCGGUGGCCGCCGCUCCUCCGUGUGGGCUCCGCGCCGCGCGACUCUGGAUCUCGGAUCCCGCCGGCCGCUAGGUUCAUGUGGAGGCUCCCAGGCCGCGCCGCGCUUCGUCGGGCCCGGUCGGUGGUGGAGCCGUGCAGCCGGGCCGAGGCAGCGACCGACGAGACGGUGCGCGCCAUGGAGCGCGCUGUGGUGCGCUGUGUGCCCUCGGAGCCCAAGCUCAGCCUGUCGUUCGCGCUGGCCGACGGCAGCCACAAGAACAUGCAGCGCGACCAGAGCGAGCCCCUGGGCCGGGCCCUCAGCCGGAUCGCUACCAACGCCCUGAAGGGCCACGCUAAGGUCGCCGCUGCCAAGAAGAACAGGAAGAACCGGGCCCACUCGAGCGGCGGCGCGGCCUGCGCGGCGACGGGGCCCGAGCCGGCCGCGGCCUGCGAGCCGGUGGUGAAGCUCUACUACCGAGAGGAGGCCGUGGCGGAGGAUGUGCUCAACGUGGAUGCCUGGCAGGACGGCGCGGUGCUGCAGAUCGGCGACGUCAAGUACAAGGUAGAGCGCAACCCGCCUGCCUUCACGGAGCUGCAGUUGCCGCGCUACAUCAUGGCCGGCUUCCCGGUGUGCCCGAAGCUCAGCCUGGAAUUUGGGGAUUCCGCCAGCUCCGUCUUCCGCUGGUACAAAGAAGUCCGACCCGGUGCGGCAGAGCCCGGGGACAGCGGCCUCGCGUCCUCGUCUCACGCUUUGCCGUCUUCCGCUUGGACCGAGACGGGCGUCGACGAGCGCGUCUACACCCCGUGCAAUGCCGACAUCGGGCUCCGGCUCAAGCUCCGCUGCACCCCGGGCAAUGGGCAGCGCUUCGGGCCAAGCCGCGAGCUGGAAAGCGUGUGUCCGGUGGAGGCCGGGCCUGGCACCUGCACUUUCGACCACCGACAUCUGUACACCAAGAAGGUGACGGAGGACUCCUUCAUCCGUACUGUCUCCUACAACAUCCUGGCAGACACGUACGCCCAGACUGAGUUCUCUCGGACAGUCCUGUACCCGUACUGUGCCCCCUACGCCCUGGAGCUUGACUACCGCCAGAACCUUAUCCAGAAGGAGCUCACGGGCUACAACGCAGACCUCAUCUGUUUGCAGGAGGUGGACCGCGCAGUGUUCUCCGACAGCUUGGUACCGGCCCUGGAGGCCUUCGGGCUGGAGGGCGUGUUUCGAAUCAAACAGCACGAAGGCCUGGCCACUUUCUACCGGAAGUCAAAGUUUACCCUCCUUAGCCAACACGACAUUUCUUUUCAAGAAGCCUUGGAGUCGGACCCCCUGCACAAAGAACUACUAGAGAGACUGGCUUUGAACCCUCUAGCGCAGGAGAAGGUACUCCAGAGAUCGUCUGUCCUUCAGAUUUCAGUUCUUCAGUCUACAAAGGACUCUUCUAAAAAGAUAUGUGUUGCUAAUACCCAUCUCUACUGGCACCCAAAAGGUGGAUACAUUCGUCUGAUUCAAAUGGCAGUAGCUUUGGUUCACAUUAGACAUGUUUCAUGUGACCUGUAUCCUGGCAUACCAGUUAUAUUUUGUGGAGACUUUAAUAGUACACCAUCAACAGGAAUGUAUCAUUUUGUCAUCAAUGGCAGCAUUACAGAGGAUCAUGAAGACUGGGCUUCCAAUGGGGAAGAGGAAAGAUGCAACAUGUCUCUCACACACCUUUUCAAACUGAAAAGUGCUUGUGGUGAACCUGCUUACACAAAUUAUGUUGGUGGCUUUCACGGAUGUCUAGAUUACAUUUUCAUUGACUUAAAUGCUUUAGAGGUUGAACAGGUGAUACCGUUACCUAGUCAUGAAGAAGUUACCACCCACCAGGCCUUACCUAGUGUUUCUCAUCCUUCUGAUCACAUAGCACUGGUAUGUGAUUUAAAAUGGAAAUAG